ACUCACCACACCAUCCCACACGCAUUCACAAACACACUGUGAACCCAGUUGGAGCGAAGGUCCCGACGAGUGCUGGCUGAGGGCGGCGGAGCGGCUCUCUACAGGCCGAGGACACGGUUGCGAAGCAGAAAACAUCCUUUGGAAUCGAGAUGGAAACCGCUCAGGAACGCAAGCCAAAAAGGCCCCACUACAUCCCUCGACCGCCCGGCAAGCCGUUCAAGUACCAAUGUUUCCAGUGUCCCUUCACCUGCAACGAAAAGUCCCAUCUCUUCAACCACAUGAAAUACAACCUGUGUAAGAACUCCAUCUCCCUGAUGUCACAGAAAAAUGCCCGACAGGUCAAGCCUGCGGCGCAGGAAGUCCCCGACUUUCCGAGCCCCCCGGCUGAGAAACAAGGGGGCCCGGAGAGCGACGCGGCCGAGCGCAGGGAGGACCCCGAAGAGGCCGACGUCGGGUGCGACAGUCCGCUCGAUGAGGACGGCCGCAGCGAGACAAACUCAAACACGGCAACAGAGGGGGAGAACGCCGACGAGGCAAAGGCCGCGCUGCGCCUGUCCGCCUUUUCCCCCGUCACGCCCAAAGGUGACGGGGCGGAAGCCUUCAAGUCACCUGCGCAGCAGCCGGGGGAUGCGCGGCCUCCGGUUCCCGCUUUCAACCACCACGGCUUCCCGUGGGUUUCCUUAAAACCAUUCCCCGCUCCCAUGGUUCCGGAGUACACCCCGUACCUCCUGCCCGACGGGCCCCUGUAUCCGCCGUACUACCUACCAACGGUGCACCGCGCCAACGAGACAAACUCGCCUCCCUUCCGGCCGGAGUUCAUGCAUCCCCAGAGGCCCGUGGUGCCGCAGCCCAUAGCCCCCCCCCACACUUCCCUCUUUCCUUCGUACCCGUACAGAUACUGCCACCCUCUUCACUCGGGCCCCCCUCUGCAUUUCACCCUGUACAGACCCCACGAGCUCUCCAUGCCAGUCACAGGACCCAGGUACCUCCCUUUGGAUCUGUACGGACCGGCCCUGGUGCCAGAGGAUUACAGCUUGUACCUGCACUCCCGGUCUAGCCUGGACGGCCUCGUGGAGUCGACUCGAGAGGAGAGCAACAGCGGGCAGAGUGGGGACAAGGAGGCCCGGCCCAGGGACGGUCCCAAGGAGGGCUGUUCAGCGUUGGGGUCCCCUGACAGACCCGGUCACACACACAUCAUCCAGAGAGACGCAGAGGCCCCACACUACACCAGGCCGAGUGACCCACAGGCAAACAGCCAGCCGGGACACGCAGCUGCACCCGCUCAACCCAUCACAACCGACGUGAGGCUGGAGGAGUUACGGACUGAUGGAGACGGAGGAUUUUCCGGGAGCCACAGAUAUUCCUCCUUGAUGGCUUCUGAGCCUCGACCUCAAACGUCGCCAGACCUGGGCGUGGAGGACGGCGGAGAAGAUUUGACCCCCCUAAACCUCUCAACAAGGACAGAGGGCACAGAGAGAAGUCACAGACCGAGGAGCUCAAGCCCACAGGACUUGGAGGGAAAAGAGUUGCCUCUGAACCUCAGCCUGCGAGCUCCUGACAGAAGCCCCGCUCACAGCGGCGCCCCGAGCGCUUCAGAAGACCUCCGGCUGAGGUCCGACGCCGAGCUGGAGGAGGAGCCGUGUGACCAGAGGCAGACUGCAGCGCUGGCACUCUGUCAGCUGGCCAUUGCAAGCUCCGCUCCUUCUUUGCGGGACUUUAGCGCCGCUCAUAGGUCCUCUGUGGAUUCCGCGGACACUUUGAGUCUGCGCUCUCCAGAGAAGACCAAACACACAAGUAUUGCUAAGAAGGCCGGUGUGAAAAGAGCAGGCAGUGAUCAGGCUGAUACCAAGUGCCACGAAGCAAACAAGAGAGCGAAAGCACCAGGACGGGCUCUGAGGAGGAGGCCUCGUCGCUGCUAAACUGUUUUUAUUACUUGGUAUGAAGGACAGAGCAUCUCCAACCGUCAACACUGAAAGCCUGAACUCCAGAUGAUCAAUUUAUUGAACAUAAUUAAUAAUGGAAAUGUCCGUGGCACUGCCGCUGUGUUAAAUGUAAAAAAGAAUUGUUAAACGAAAAGACUUGACGCGCAUGUGUUGUUCUUCUUGAUUGUAAAAAAAAAAAAAAACGCUUUUUAUAUGGGAUGUUAAUAUUUAAAUCGUACAUUUUUUGGAAGAUGUGGUAAUGUAUUGUACAUGUAAAUAUAUUUUUUAAAUAAAUAAAUGGUCAACCAGAA